CAUUGUCCCUACGGCAGCAGCAUGCGCGGAGAGGGCGACGCGCGGUUCCACUCGCUGGGCGCGAUCGCCGAGCGCCGAGCGAACGCAGCGCUGCAGAUGCUCACGGAGGCGACGUCCAGCGGCUCGUGCUGGCAAGACAUUGGCGCCAAGGAUGGCAUCGCGCUCGCCAAGACGACCGCCGACUGGAAGGUCUUUGUCGCCAACAAGGCCGUCGCGUCGAUCGAGACCAAGCUGCCGACGCUCGUCAAGCGCCUCUUCUCCAACGAUCACACGGAAGCGUGCCAUACGUUCACGCAGGAGAUCUUCCAAGACACGUUCGUCGACGCCGCGGUCGUCGCGACGAUCCCACCGGACGCGUCCGGCGCAUUGGACGUGCCCACGUCCGGCGUCUCGGCGUUCCAUCCGACGCACAAGCGCAUGGCCGUGAAAUGGUAUGCGACGACCGGCAAAUCCAAGCUCCACAAGCCCCUCGACCACCUCGUGCUCGAGUUCAUUGGCCUCGUCCUCGAGCACGGCCGCUUGAAGUGCUGCUACCUCUUCCAAGAGUCGCUGCCCGAGUCGACCAACGUCCGCGCGCCCAGCGACAGCGCACACUACGAACGCAUGCAGAUUGACGCGCUCAUCAUGAAGUUUGAGCGCGGCGCGCGCCUCAACGGCUCGGAGAACGUGCUCAUGUCGGUCGCGCUCCAACGCAUGCCGUCGCUCCUCGACCUCGGCUUCAAGAACCCCGCCCAAGACAUGGUGUUCAAGCUUGCAAAGGGCUUUCGCGACGCGCUUCAAACCGUCAAGUCGGUCACACUCGAUAUGAACUUUGUACAGACCGCCGCGUGGGUGCCGGACAGCGACCGGCCGUUCUGCUCCAUCUGCGACCGGCCGUUCCUGUCCUUCUUCCGACGCCGCCACCACUGCCGCGUGUGUGGCGAGGUUGUCUGCGAUCAGUGCUCCAACAUCUUACCAGCGUCGUCGGCGCACUCGAUCCCGGACCGGCACAAUGUUCAAACCGUCUACAUCCAAGCCGACAUCCGACUCUGCUGCCGCUGCCUCCUCGAGCGCCAAGGCCAAAUGAACCAAACCGGGGACUUGGACAUUGACGAAGACGACCUCUUUGCGUGGCUCGAGCCGGACGGCAAUGCGUCGCCUCGCUCGACGAUGUCGCAAGCCCGCUUUACGGGCGGCGACAACCUCGCGAACCGCAUCUCGGAAGGCUCGGAAGACCGCAGCUACGCGUCGAGCGACCACACACCGCGGUCCCGACCGGCCUCGAGCCCGCUCCACUCGGAGCACCACGUAAGCUCGCUCGGCUCACGAAGGUCGCGAAACACACCGCCAGCGCCCGAGCCGUUGGAGCCAAUGCGUCGCCGGGUGCCGACGCCGCCGCCCAUGGAGCCAGAGCCGGUCCAGUUGGCCCACAAGCCGCCGUCGCCACGGACGCGCGCUGCGUCUUGGCAUCGACGCGAAGAGCCGCGACCUGUCCGGCUCUAUGAUGAUGACGGAGGUCGCCGCAGCAUCCAACGCAGCCAGUCGGACCGUGGGCCCGAGUUCCGGCCCCCACUCAACAUUGACCGCAAGUAUGCGCCGCUCGACUCGCCGCCAACGCCGCCGCGCCGACGCACGUCGUCGGUGGAAACGUCGCCGGUCCGCGUGGCCUCGGCGUGGGCCGUCAAGACGCCCGACGCGGAUGCGAUCGAGGUGGCGUUCAAGGAGCUCAUUGGAAAGCUCCGCGGCAGCGUCGACUUUCUCGUCGUCUCCUUCUCCGAGGGCUGCGACGGGCAGUACGUGCUGCAGCGCCUCCAGCAGCUCGCCCCCGGCGUACCUUUUAUCGGCGGCACGAUCGGUCGCGGUAUCUGUGACGAGGCGGCAUGGGUCUCGGUCAAGCGCGAUGCACUGGUUGCGCUCUGGGGCGUGCAUGACCCUGAGGGGAGCUACGCAGUGAGCUACGUCGACUACACCGAGGCGUCGGCCAAGGCGAAAGCGUUCAAAGCCACGCAGGCGGCGCUCGGAUACGCCCAAACCGCGCUGCCUGUCGCGAGCACGCAGAGCCCCGAUUUUUGCGUCGUAUAUGCGUCGCCGCUCGGCAUUGACGAAGCCCUCGCCGGCAUCCGCGCCGGCGUCACGUGCCCGAUCCUUGGCGGGUGCUCGGCCGUCUCGCCCAACCGCGACCGACUCCUCCAAAUUGGCAGCUGCAGUGGCGGCUUUCGGCGCCACGGCGGGCGCAUGGGCGGCAACGGCAGCCACAUUGGUGCCGCGAUUGCCUUGUGCUACCCGAGCGUCGAGACGGUCGUCGACUGGUUCAGCGGCUACAAGCCGCUCGUUGGCGACAACGGCGAGCUCUGCUCGGGCAUGGUCACGGCCGCCGACAACGAGCAGCAGACCAUCUACGCCAUCGACGACCGGCCGGCCGCCAUCAUGUACAAGUCGUGGCUCCGCGUCGCGUCGGAAAAGUGCCAAACCGACUUUUUAAGCUUGCGCUUUCCGCGGCUCGGCUACAUCCACCCGUUCGGGUGCCUCCUCAACGACAACAGCGUGCACUCGACGCCUGUGAUUGUUGGCCUCGACGACGCGACCGGCGCCGUCGCCACCACGACGCCGAUCCCCGAAGGCACGUACUUGGCGCUCAUGGAGUCGUCGCCGGCGACGCUGCAAGACGCAGUCGCGAGCAUGGGCGCGCGCGUCGCGGCCGCCAACAAGUUUCACGUGCGCGAAGUCGUGGGCACGCUCCUCUUUCUCUCGACCGGGAUGCAAGUCGUGCUCGGUUCGCAGAGCAUGGCGGGCAUGGUCGGCGCCUACAAGGAGUGGGCGGGGCCCGCGGGGCUCCUCGGGCUCACGGCGUUUGGCGAGAUUGGUCAUCUGCAGUCCGAGGCCCGCGCCGUGCCGCACUGCGACUCGCUCAUGUUUUCGGCGCUCGUCUUCUCCAACCGGCGAAAGAAGCUGUAAGGAUGUACAAUACUGUUUGGAUGCGUGAA